AUGAUGGUGGAGCGUUUGAAGCAGGAGGGAACUUCGCACAGCUCCAGGUAUCUGUUGAAGAUGCGAGUCACACAUGCUGUGGUCACUGUCCCAACCUACUUCAACGAUGCCCAGCGCCAGGCCACUAAGGAUGCUGGUGCCAUUGCUGGUCUGAAUGUUAUGCGAAUCAUCAAUGAGGCAACUGCUGCUGGUAUUGCUUAUGGCCUGGACAAGAAGGAUGGAGUAAAGAACAUUCUUGUCUUCGAUCUGGGCGGUGGCAGCUUUGAUGUUUCUAUUCUGACCAUUGACAACGGUUUGUUCAAAGUGGUGGCCACCAAUGGUGACACUCAUCUGGGAGGUGAGGACUUUGACCAGCGUAUCAUGGAGCACUUCAUCGAGCUGUACAAGAAGAAGACUGGCAAAGAUGUGAGCAAAGAUAACCGUGCUGUGCAGAAGCUGCGUCGCGAGGCCGAGAAGGCCAAGAGGGCGCUAUCUGCCCGGCACCAAACCCACAUUGAGAUCGAGUACUUCUUUAAGGGACAAGACUUCUCUGAGACCCUGACUCGUGCCAAGUUUGAGGAGCUGAACAUGGACCUGUUCCAGUCCACCCUGAAGCCUGUACAGAAAGUGUUGGAAGAUGCUAAGUUAAUGAAGUCUGACAUUGAUGAGAUUGUCCUGGUUGGAGGCUCCACUCGUAUCCCCAAAAUCCAGCAGCUGGUGAAGGAGUUCUUCAGUGGCAAAGAGCCAUGUAGAGGCAUCAACCCUGAUGAGGCUGUGGCAUACGGAACUGCUGUGCAGGCUGGUGUGCUUUCUAGAGAGGACACUGGUGAUGUGCUUCUUCUGGAUGUGUGCCCCAUGACCCUUGGCAUUGAGACUGUUGGAGGAGUAAUGAACAAGCUGAUCCACAGGAACACCGUGGUGUCCACCAAAAAAGCCCAGAUGUUUACUACAGCCUCUGAUAACCAGCCUAUUGUCACCAUCAAAGUCUAUGAAGGUGAGCAUCCUUCGACUAAAGACAACCAUCUCCUGGCUACUUUUGACCUGACUGGCAUCCCCCCUGCUCCUAGUGGUGUACCGCAGAUUGAAGUCACCUUUGAGAUUGAUGUCAAUGGCAUUUUGUGUGUCACUGCUGAGGACAAGGACACAGGAAACAAGAAAAAGAUCACAACUGACCAGAAGUGGCUAACACCUGAGGACAUCAAACGCAUGGUGAACGACGCCGAGCACUUUGCUGAGGAAGACAAGAAGCUGAAGGAGAGGAUCGAUGCUCACAAUGAGCUCGAGGGCUACGCAUACUCCCUGAAGAACCAGAUUGAAUUAAUUGAGAAGGCAGUGGAGGAGAAGAUUGAGUGGUUAGAGUCCCACCAAGAUGCUGACCUGGAUGACUUCCAGGCCAAGAAGAAGGAACUUGAGGAGGUGGUUCAGUCCAUUAUCUGUGGUAGUGCAGGUCCUCCACCAGCAGUGGGCAGUAAGCAAAAUGAGAAGGAUGAGUUGUAG